AUUGUUUACAAAUCAAACCAGGCUCUUGCCUUUCGUUGACCAGCGUGGCGAGAGUGGGACGGGGAUUGCGGCUUGGAGUGUCCAGCUCAUUCAUUUCAGGAAAAAUCAAAACACGCUGUGAGCUUCUAGCCGACGGUUAGGAGCGAUGCCUUGUCGCAAGGAAAAUUAUAUAUUUUUGGAGCAGUCAGUGACUGUAGAUUCGAAGGAGGUGGACGCUCUGGUCACGAAAAUCGGCGAGGCACUGCAGCUACACAAUAAUGCUACGAACGGCAGUAGCCAGAGAAGCGUGCCCUGCCUUCAUCAACAUCACUGUAGCGGCGGCGGUGGAGCGAAGCAGGGCAGUGCCAGAGCUGCUUGCUGCCUGCGACUUCGGACCCGAGCUGUAAGGAGCAGAGCUAGCCCGUAUAGUAUCCCCGCGGACGCCGACUCAGAAUGGAGCAGCCUGCGGAGCUGGAACCGAAAGAAGGGGGAAGUGAUGGACGAUGACGGCGACCCCCACCAACUCCUCCAAGAACUGAUUUUGUCUGGAAACCUCAUCAAAGAAGCCGUUAGACGUCUCCAAUUCUCUGCGGCGGAACGUGUGGAUCAUGCAAAAUCUAGCGAUCAUCUGCAAUACUGAUACGGCAGCUAUUUUGUAUUAUUCAUUUUUCUAUACUGACUAAAAAUCGGAUUGUAACCAGCGUGGGGAAAUACAAGUAAAAGGCAGAAAUGCUAUCGGAACAAAAGACAAAAAAGUGGGAAUUAUUUAAAAGAAAAAGUACCUGCAUACUACCUGUGAUUUUUAUAUCAUAUUUGAUUUUUUUUUUCUUACGUGCAAUUCAUUGGAAAACAAACUAGGAUUGUGUUUUGUGACUUUUUUUUGUAAUUAAAACGCGUUUCGUAAUGACACUCUAGUACUGAUUUGUUACAGUCAAAAGUGUUAUAGUUGCCAGGAGACGGACUUCCUCAAAUUUACGAUGAUUCUUUAAUGUGAAAGGACUGGUACUUUCAAAUCAUCAGACCGACCUUAACCUAAUUUAGAGAUGGUCUGUUGAAAACGCGUUUUAAUUGUUUACGUUGUGCUCUUUAUACAAUUGCCUUGUUUACAAAGGAAAAGGCGUAAGGAGUGUGUUUGUGUGAAAGCGAGAAUGCGUGGCUGGGCGGAGGGUGGAAGGUGCGUUCCUCACGAAUCCCAAGGUCGUUGUUGAAAUGCCCCCUCCCCCAGUUGGCUUGUUUUGACUGACCUCCUCCUCCUCUCCAGGGGGCGGUUAGCAGUUCGUGAGCAGUGGCACAUUUUUUUAUGUGCAAAACACGAGAAGACCUCGUGUUCGUACUUUUUUUUUCUUUCUUUCCAAGAAGUGCCGCUCAAUGGGGCUGCUUUUCUUAGAAGUGUUUACCGGAUUGGACCGGGGUGCUACUAUUGCUGGACUCUCAGAUCGUACACGUGGACUCUCCGGUUUUCACGCGUCAUUGUCUCACGUUCGUACACUUCGCAACGGAGUAUGUGAAAAAUACUUGUCUCUUUUAUAACCUGAUUUUUUUUCAGGGUUUACUGUCUUAAAAAAUAAAGAAUGUGGUGGUUUUACAUUUUA